AUGGCUGAAUUAGCUCGUAUAAAAAAAGAACGUGCAGCUGAAACAGCUCGACUUGACCAGCUAAAACGUGUUGAAGAAGAAAAAAUUCGUACAGAAAAUAUUCUUAAAGGUAAUCCAUUAUUGAAUCCAUCAACAAAAGUUGCAGCACAACCAUCAACUACUGAAUUUCGUGUUAAACGUCGUUGGGAUGAUGAUGUUGUUUUUAAAAAUUGCGCCAAAGCCGAUGGUUCAAGUGGUGAAAAACGUGUUGCACGAUUUGUUAAUGAUAGUUUACGUAGUGAAUUUCAUCGACGUUUUAUGGAUAAAUAUAUUAAAUAA